AUGGUAUUGACAAAUAGCCCGAAGUCAACGCAACCGCGCAACACGCGCCGUAACGCGGCUCUUCGUGGAACAGACAGGCGGCUGACGAUGCCUUGGUGGCUGCUCUGCCUCCUUUUGGGGGUAGAUGCACAAGUCGUCAACCAGAACGUCGGUACGGCAACGGGUCAAAACGUUGGAGCUCCGGGAACAAUCUUCUCUGGAACGGGAAAUAAUCCUUACUAUGGAGUAAAUCUCGUUCCCUUUGGUCCGGAAGCAGGCGAUCUGAAGGUGAAUCCUGGAAUGUUAACAUCUGGACAGACUAUUGAUUUGCACAUGUUCUUUCCUUUUUACGGUGGAUUGUACAACUACACAACAAUAUCUGUCAACGGAUAUCUUGCCUUCGCUACUGUACUAGAUCAAGGCCCUACAAUAAAUGUUGGACCUCAAAGUACGGAUUGGCCACGACAACAAGACCCAGCUAUGAUAGCUCCAUAUUUGUGUAAACAACAGAUUCCUCAAAGUGGGAAUCCAGCCUUACGUGCUGGUAUAUUCUAUCGCUUGAUUCUGCGGCAGUCGCUAUUUGGACGCGAGUCUGGAUCAAAUAUGAAUCUAGGCGGUACUAUGCAGAGCAGUAGUUUCUUCGGUCAGAGUGCAGCACAGGCUUGUCCUGGAACGCCGGACAGCUACGCCCGUUGUGAUGCUCAGAGCGAUUAUUUCUUGGAUGAAAUGAUGAGGUGGAUACAAGAUGGAGUGGCUGGAGGAUCGAUGUUCCGUGCAGAUGCCGCGCUUGUUGUCACUUGGCACAAUACGGCUUCAGCUAUUGCUGGCAGAUCUGAUAUUGACGCGGGCCAGAGUGCUACAUACCAGGCCAUCUGGUUAACUGACCAACCUGGUCGUCUGUCCUACGUUAUCCUCAACUACGAUAGGCUGGGAUUUGAUGCUCAAGACGUGCGAGCCAAUUCCCGUCUUGGACGUUGCCGGGCGUUGUUUAAUGGAGGAAAUCACACCGGUAUCGUUGAGGUCGAUCCCACUCAACCAUACAAGAACUCUCCAAAGAUUUUGGCGCAACGUUCUGGAGUACCAGAUGUGGUGCGAGGUCGUUACAUGUUCCGUGUUGAUGAUAUUGUACGACCUGCUGGUUGCAGUAACAAGACUGGAGGAACUUAUCCUAUGAUGAUUUAUCCGAACAUUGUGAACAUGCUUGGUGAAAUGAGUGUCGACGUUAAUGCGAUGUGUUUGGAUAGAAGCCAGACAUAUAUACUUAUGAUUGAAGAAAGAGAGGUGGCCACUUGUAAUAUCUUAAACGCUGCGAUUGCUCGUUGUAACCUGCCGAAGAUCUACGAUUGGGGGACAAAGACGGUAUAUUUCCAACCGCAAACAGGAUUUGCCAAUGACGACAAAGCAUUCGUCGGAUAUAUUUAUUUUGUGCCACCUACGCUCGAUCCGCAGCGUUUGGAUAUUGGGAAUUUAUAUGAAUGGUAUAAAAAUCCAAUGACGAGCUCUCUAAUGCCAAUAUCGUGGUAUCCGCGCAAUUUCACUAAUCCGGAACUGUUCAACACUCUCAAUCAAAUGGGUCCUAGAAUCUCAGACGACGCGUUAUACGGUGUGCAGCUUGGUCUGUACGUGAUAGGAUACAGAGAAUAUAAGGACGAUGAAAUCAAAAAAUUCCGCCCUGAACACCGCACUCUGGCCCGCCUUGCAACUUAUACGAAUAGAAAUGGUUUCGACUAUCGCUGGAGACCACAGGAAGAAGUUAUCAAUUUAAAUCAGGUCCAACAAUGGUACAUGACGGAUUGGGAACGAUGGAACACAUUGUAUACGUAUCGAGUCGGUUAUUUCAAGCUGGCUCCUAUUCGUCCAAACGACUUAAAUGGAACUGAAUUAUUAUCAGGGUUGGUAUCUGCUCCAAUCUCCUUGCACUGGCUAUGGUCACCAGAGGACAACCGCUUUGGACAAAGCACAUUCUCACAACAGGAAAGAGAUCAAAGAACAGAAUUUGUGUCCCGCAAAUCCAUGGAAAUGUGUCAUGACUGGUACGAUGAAGAUGGCGCUUUGUUCAAUUUCAUACGUGAUACGGAGACCAAUUCGAGUUGUCCAUGCAUAGAAACACAAGCACGACUUGAUUUGGGACGCUUUAUGCCACAUCCGAGGUGUUCGCAGGCAUUCCGUGAUAUCACGUGCACGACUAUAAUUGGUUCCAAGAAUUGCUAUAUGUCCGCAGAGAAUAUAUACGGGUCAUAUGCUGGGAAAGGAAAUACUUUUGAUAAUAUGGAUACGACGAGAUUUAUGACGCACUACGGUCAAGUGUGUUGCUAUGAUGAAUCUGGAUUCCUGAUGCAGACGCCCUAUCAACCAGUCAUCAAAACACAAAAAGAAUACUUCUAUAAUCCUGGAUAUCCAAUGAGAGCCUAUGAAUUUGGCACACCACCAUACAUGGGACAGUUCGAAGUGCCAGGACUGUCUGCAUUCUACAAUGACUACAUGCCAUACUUCUUAUGUUGCAAGUUUGCUGACUUUCGCUGUCAGAUGUUCUAUUGGCGACGUCCGUCUUCAGCCUGCCAGGAAUAUCAACCCGCCGCUACUGGCCAGGUAUCCGGCGCUGGAGUUUUCAACACGAUCGACAACGAUAAGUUCAUCUUCAAUGAACCAGGCGUCUUUAACUUCCUUUACGUUCCAAAAACUGUGAGAACACCAGAAGUACGCAUACAAGUGCGAAUGGAGCGAUAUCCGAAUAGAAAGGUCGAUUUUGGGCUUCUGGGACGAUAUAUAUCGCAAGCGGAACUUGUUCAGCCUACAAAUGCGACGGUGGUUACAGGUGUUGCUCUUGAAGCAACCGGCACUGACCGUGUGUAUGUGCUGGCAAGGAGAGACACUAGGAGAUUCCGUUAUCGUACUGAUAUCAUCGUUGGAAAUAUUCUGCGAUAUUUCGACACCAUACGAUUGCAGAGAUUUACAGGAGUCUUGGUUUAUGUUAACAAUGUCGAACGAGGCCAGCCAGAAAUUUAUGUUGUGCUGGAAGAAGCUCAAAUUGGUAUCCGCGUCCGUGAAAGCUACGCCCUUGACAUUGAUCGUCUGUCUAUGUAUCAGGAGAGUAUGGGGUUACUAGACAUUCAGCUGUCUGUUCCACCGCAGUACGGAGUGCGCCCUGAUGGUGACAAGACUCGUGAAGCUGAACAGCGUCAACGUUACGACCUUCCUCGGAUCAGCGGCCUCAUGAGACCGUUCCCGGAACAGACGAGCGCUGCUUUGAUGCAAGGACUCACUCUCAACGACGUCAACUCGGAGACGAUUCGACAGCAAAUAGUCAAUAACUAUCGAAUAGUGGGCUCAGGAGAGCCUGGAUCCGAACAGCAGCCUGUCGGCACAUUCGCCCAAGGCUUACCUACUGACAAUAUGUUCACGACUAGCAAGGAAAGUGACAAGCAAUUUGAUGUGUACCCGGAGGCGAAUAUUCGCGCGGGACCCAUUUAUAAGAUGGCUCCAAUGUAUGAAAUCGGGCAGUAUCGAUUCGAUCCACAGACGGGUGCUGAUAUUAGCCAGGAGCUCAACAAUUGCCGUGGACUGCAAGAAGAUGUAUCAUUAAACUUGCAACCGUUCCAAAGCCAAGCCAACCUAAUGUACGGCUUGCAGCACUGUCCAGAAGAUGCCGCCUCAAUUGUGGGCGACUGUGGUGACAGUGUGCCGUGUUUGUACAGUUACGCUUUGCUACAAUCCAAGGUGUUAGCAUUUGCUGAACAGGAUGCAUGGAAUGCUUUCAUAACAGAACGAGUGGAUGCAGUACGUCAAUACAAUAGUUGUGGUGCGAUCAAUAUAGAGUAUCCUGAAUACAUGAUGAAAACACCAGCACUAUCAUCCGGUUACCUGCAAGGAGACGUCGCACGAUUCGGUUGCUACCAAACUCACUGGAUCAAAGGCGACAACGAGUACAAAUGUGGGAUCGUUGUGGAUUACAAUAAUCCGAAUUCAUAUCGCUUUGAAUGGAACAAAGGAUCACAGCCAUGGUGUCGAUCGCGAAUCAAAGAAAACUACUUCAAGUGGAUUACAGUUAUUUUCAGUAUCGUCGCAAUAAUUAUGGCCAUCAUGGCUGUAUUCCUCUUGUGUUGGUGCGUCAAGCAGAAGAAAAUACAGGAACAACGCCAGUACAACUAUCAAACAAACACUGGAUAUACCAAUAAGGCCCGCGUAGCAUCGGUGGGAUCCUUGGAUGAUGCCCCACAACUCACGCAAAGGUUUCCCGCCAGAGCCACUCCAGCUACUUUGGAACCAGCAAGAUUAUCACCAAUCUCCUCAGCCGCUGAUCUUCGGAGGCCACAAUCACGAAAUUUGUUCGGGUUGAACACUAGCGUGUAA